AUGAUGGCUUCUGUAAAGAAAAAGCAGGAUGAAAAGAACUUGAAACUUCUCAGAGAUCUCGCGGCCUUACCCCACAACAAAAAAUGCUUCGACUGUGGGCAAAGGGGGCCAACAUAUGUGAAUACCACAAUAGGAUCUUUUGUCUGUACCUCGUGCAGCGGCAUUUUGUGAGUAGAGAUGGCGUUAAGCUAGCAAGGUUUUUACGCCAAUUUGACUCGAGCGCGCGAUUAGUUUGCAGCUGUACGGUAAACACUCAUUUCCUGUUCUUGUUUUUUCAUUUUUUUACAGACGAGGAUUAAACCCUCCACAUCGAGUCAAAUCAAUUUCAAUGACAAGCUUUACACCACAAGAAAUAGAAAGUUUACAAGGCCAAGGAAAUGAGGUACGCUUUACGCCUACUGCCUUUUCUUUCAUUGUACAAGUUUGACAAGUUUUAUAUGUCUGAGUUACCCUUGAAUUUCUUUCCUAAUGAGACAUUGGAUAAAUUGACAACAUUUGCGCUCCUUUCAACGUUUACAACUCAGCUUUAACUUUAUAUUGAUGCAAGUUCCGCUAUGGGAGCACGAUGUAACACCCCCAGCGUAUUUUUGGCUGCAUUUUACGUUCAAUUUGACCAAUAUUUGCAGGUCGAUUUGCGGUAAGAAUGUAAACUAACUAACUGGAGUCCUUACAUUCCAUAAGACAACUUUAACUGUAGAAAUUAAAACUGUUUGCCCACAAAAAAUUAAAAAUUUUAUAAUCGCUGCAUUAUUUUAAAAUCUUCACUAUUCGUGACUUAGCUCAAUGUACUGUACUUGCUAAGUUGUUGAAAUCUCUCGUUCGUGCCGGUCAUUUAUGCAUUCUGCUGAUUGUCAAUUUUACAUUGCAGUUACGUUGUCUUGAUUGACUUCUCACAGCAAUCUUUACCUCUUUGCUACUUUUGAGGAUGAAACGACGUAAUGUUCAUUCAAAAUUUAAGCAGGAAAAUAUCUUGGUGUUUGUGUAUAAAAUGGCGGGUCUCUAACGACUUGUGGUUUAUUGUUCAUUGGAAAUCGAAGACAAUGCACAUAGUUACAUAUUGAACGCAUGUUUUGGUUGUGACUUUGAUAAUUUUUGAUUGAUUCAUUUCGUUGAUCAUCCCUUUAUCAGUUCCCUAUUAAUUUUCUCUAUAAAAUCUUGAACCCUUGUCUGUUUCAUUGAGCAUGACCACACACAUUUAUUAAAUAUUUUGGCCAAAAAAAAAAAAACAGCGCAUGAAGGUGGAUGCAUUAUUUUGAGUCUGAACACUACAACAUCAUCAAAAAAUUGACCAAAGCUGUCCAAGAAAGAACUUACGCAUUUCUUCUCACUAAUUUUUAAAAAUGAUUCCUGUCAUGUAUGGACCAGGACAGAAAAAUUCACCUGCAGUGCAGCCAGACAGAAAUAAGAAACAAGUGAAUAUGUGAAACUGAAAGCCCCUUUUUGAAACCUUUGCAAAUGGAAAAACAAAAAAAUGGCAAAUUUUAAGCACAAUAUUGAAAACCACCUUCAAAAAUAGCUGAAACUGCAAGCUUAAAACAUCAACACUCUUCACGUCCCUCUUACUCCACCUCUGCUUAUGUCAAAACCAGCUGAUGAAAAAUUCAUCAAAAUUCAUCAAUUCAUCAAAAUGUAAAUAAUUAUAUUUUACAUUUUACCUGAAUUAUGAAAGGGUGUUAUUUUGAAUACUUAUUUCAUACUAACAAUGAAUAUUAUUAUUUAGUUGGCUUACAAGACAAUUCACUUAGUUGGGGUUGAUUUAAGCAGAAGAUUUGUGUAGUAUUUAAUGAAAUUCGUAGUCAACACAAUGUUUUCCUGGCAGCUUUUCUGAUUUGUCUGAGUGGAGUUCUGACCUGUCUGAAGUUCAGACUAAUGUCCUUUCUAAAACAGAAAUUUCAGCCCAUCUUAUUACUAUGGUAGAACCCGGAUAACUCGAACUCAGAUAAAUUGAACUCCCCCAUAAUUCGAACUAAGUCUAAUUUCCCUUGGAUUUCACCCCACUUGUCAGUCAUUUCUACUCGGAUAACUCAAAUUCCCAUUAACUCUAACUAAAUUUCAUUUGACUUGAUCAAAAGUUCACUGGAAUUUACCUCUAUAACUCGAAAUUCUGGUUCUUGUAACUCCACUAUCCAUUCCAUUAGCUCUUCUUUUUGUAUAAGUGGUAAAACACUAAACCUAACACAGGUCAACACUUCAUCAAUUUGAUUUUUAUUGGUGCAACGAACAGAUCACUUUUUACCAGAAAAAAUGUCUAAUCAUGUUAGCAUUUCUGACAAAAUAAUUUAAAUUUGCACUGCACUGUGCACUGAAGAGCUCAAAAAUAAGUAACUAGUUAUCAAUUUUUAAUAUGGCAAAUUGAAUUUUGCAAUCAACCUGUUAACUCGAACCCUGGCUAACUCAAACUGUUUUCGUUUCCCUUCAGAGUUUGAGUUACCCCGGUUCUACUGUAUAUAUAUGUUUUUCCUUCAAAGCUUGGAUUUGAGUAUGUGCUAUGAUUGGCCUG